CUCUCUCUCUCUCUAGCUCUCUAGCUCUCUCAGAAAAAUAAAUUAAAAUGGCAAGAUCUUUGGAGCCUCUGAUAGUAGGGAGAGUGAUAGGAGAUGUUCUUGAGCCUUUCAUUCCAAGCAUAAAAAUGAGCGUAUAUUACAACAACAAGCAGGUGAACAAUGGACAUGAAUUUUUUCCUUCAGCUGUUGCAACUAAACCUAGGGUUCUGAUUCAAGAAGGUGACAUGAGAUCCUUCUUUACUCUGGUGAUGACUGAUCCAGAUCUUCCUGGACCUAGUGAUCCUUAUUUGAGGGAGCAUCUGCACUGGCUAGUGACAGACAUUCCAGGCACAACGGAUGCCACAUUUGGAAGAGAAGUGGUGAGCUAUGAAAUCCCAAGGCCUAAUAUAGGGAUCCACAGGUUUGUGUUUGUUCUGUUCAAGCAGAAACGCAGAGAAACAAUAGUGAGUAAUAACCCACUUUGUUCGAGGAACAACUUCAACACCAGAAGUUUUGCUGCUGAAAACGAUCUUGGCCUUCCUGUUGCUGCUGUUUACUUCAAUGCGCAAAGAGAAACAGCCGCUAGAAGACGCUAAUCAUCAUCCAAUAACGAUAGAGAUUCCAUCAAUUGGUAUUUCAGUAAUCCUAAUCAUUGAAUUGUACGUAUAGAAUUUCAAGUGUAUCAUGUAAGAAAUGUGGAGCAUUCGAAUUUACUUGAAUCUCGUACGUUCAACCCAAUUAUUGAGAAAUUUGUCAUUUUCGAAUAAUCAUAUCAUUUGUGGUAAUUGAUUAGAUUAGUCCUUGUGUGAAACUGUGAAAGUUUAUUUCUAUUUAUAGCUUGUGGUACUGUCACAUUGAAAGGA